GGAGCGAUCGCUGACGCCAUUGUUCAACGAAUACAAGUGUUAAAAUCUAAAAUCCAGUUAAAAUUCCACGUUAAAUCGUUAUGGGUUAUUGAAAAAGUUAUUCGGAGCUAAAAAGCGUGCAACUAUUGUGCUUUACAUAAAAAUAAUUUACAGAGCGUAAAAUAACCAAAUAUGUGUCGUGUUUAGUGUGUGUCUAUGUUAUACAGGGAAUAGGUUCUACGAAUUGACUAAAUUGUAUUAUGUCAAAAUAAAAAAAUCUAAAUUAAAUCAGUGUUGAAAUAUUAAAAGUUGGUGCGUUUGAUUUUGUGUGAAUGAUUUUAUUAGCAAUAUUAAUGUUUUUAAAAAUAACACUGGUUGAUUGCGAUCAUGUUCUCGUGUUCGGCUCUAAGAAAACCGCUAGAAGAAAUGGCGUCAAAGAAGAUGAUUCCAGUUGGUACUGGGACCCACCUGCUCAGUCGAAAGAAGCAACAGAUAUCGAAAAUAAUUACAAGGUUCAAAUACGAUCUCUACAGAAUGAGUUAUCCUCCAUAAAAGAGCGAAGUACUCUCGACUUACGGCCUGAAACAGACGAAGUGAAUCGACUACGAGAAGAGAACCAAAAUCUGACGACCAGUUUAGAAGAACUUGACAGUCAACAUCAAAUGGCAAUGGAAAAACUUUUAUCACUAAAAAAGGAACUCCAAAAAAACUUCGAAGUUUUGAAAAAAGAACACGAAGAAUUAAAAGCCUCGAAUGAUGAAUAUACAUCUGAGAUUAAAAGUUUAUCAAAUAAAGUAAGCGAACGAGAUAAAGAAAUAGAAAAUCUGAAAUACAUAAAGUCAGAUUAUGACACAAUACAUCACAAAUAUCAAAACUUGGAAAGAAUUCAUAGUCUCUUAAGAGAAAAUGCAGAAAAAUUCCAAGAAGAAAAUCAAGAUCUACAUGAAGAAGUAUUUAAGUUGCAGGAACAAGUUACUAAAUUAGAACAUGACUUGGAAAUUGUUACUAAACGUUCAGAAUUAUCUGAUGUUGUCCCAAGAGAGCGUUAUGAUGAUUUAGUAAAAGAACUAAAUGAUUUGAAAGGCAGAAGGAACUCUAAACCAGAUUUAGAUGAAAUUAAUAUAGAUGAUAACGCAAAAAGCGUCAUAGAAUCUUUGAAACGAGAAAUUCAUGAAUUAAAACAUCAAUUGUCUGUGAAAGAUCUUGAGAGUGGUGACCACAGUGAUAAUAAGAUAAUAAAGUCUGAGAGAGUAAUGCAAAUGUAUAAUAAGUAUGUCAGCUUUGAACUUCCUGUCGAUUAUGUUGGAGAAAUACCUUCUGCAGGUGACAAUGCAGUUCUGUAUAAAUUAGAAAAUGUUUUUAAAACUUUGAACUCUUUCAAAAAUGAGAUUGAUUCAUUAAAACAUGAAUUGUCCCAAAAGAAAUUAAAUAUAAAUCAUUUACAGAUCCAGGUAGAGGACUUAACCACUGAAAAUGAUUUUUUGACCACGGAUAUUAACCAUUUUGAAAGAGAACUAAGUGAAACUAAGAAAAAUAAUGAUUUCCUUAUAUCUGAAAUCGCCGCUUUAAAGAAUACAUCCAAGCUAGAACCUAUUAUUGAAUCCCAUGAGGAUAAUUUAGCAAAAUUAGAAACUGAACUAGCAGAUUCAAACAGGAUGAACAAAAAUUUUGAGACAGAAAUCAACAGAAUUAAAAAGCAGUUAGCUGAGGUUAAUGAAGAAAAAGUAAACCUUCAAAAAAGUUUAAAUGACUUAAAAGAAAAAUAUACUACUAUGUUGAAAGAAAUAGAAAUGUGUAAAAAUCAAACAAAAGCGAUAGAAGAAUUAGAAAAUACUACAAACACAGAAAUGACCGUGAAAUUGAAAACUACAACCGAUGAAGUUGAUGACUUAAAAAAACGCCUUAACGCAUCAAUAGCAAAAAAUGAACAGCAGUCUAUAGACAUCCACAUUAUUGAAAAUGAUAAAGUUUUGCUAACUAAAACAGUCGACGAUUUGAAGAAUGCGCUCAGCGAGAAAUCUUCUGAACACAAAGAACUGGAAGUGCUUAAAAUAGCUUUGGAUAUGAAGUUACAUGAUCUUGAAGUCAAGCUUGAUGAAGUAAUCAAACACAAAUCGGAAGUAGAACAAGAGAGAAAUAAUUUAGAAGAAAAACUCGCAUUGUUACAGUUCGAGUUAUCUUCCAGAGACGUCACAGAACUAGAAUUUAGUAAAGGCAACUCAGAUUUAGCAUUACAAGAAAAAAUCGAUCAGCUUUCAAAAGAUAAUGCUACUUUAUUAGAAAGUAAGGAAAAUGUAGCUUUAUUGCAACAAACAAUAGAAGAACUCAAAGCUAAAUUACUACAACAAGAUUACUUGACUGAUGAAGUUCUAACACUGAAAAGGGAGAAUCACAAACUGGUUGAGAGACAAAUACAAUUGGAAGCAGAGUUAUCUUCUACUGAUAACAAAAUCGUUGAUCUGGAACAAGAGUUCGAAAAACUUAUAAGUGAAGUAAAUGAAAAGGAUGUGAUAAUUGACAAACUUAACUCGACUAUCGCGAAGAAUAACGAAACCCGACAGUCAUUAACCCAAAACAUUACAGAUAUAGAAAAUAGCGUAGAAGUUAAGAAUGAAGAAAUUAAAAUGCUUCGAAAAACACUAGAAGAAGUUCAAAUCCUAUUAAGGGAUACUAGACAUAAAUCAAAUGCUAGCCAAGAUGAAUUAAACAAAUUACAAUUUGAUAAAGAAGAAAUAGCCAAACAGUUGCUUACCAUUACCGAUGAAAUCCAUUCUAAGAAUAAUGAAAUAUCUGAUAUCACAGAUAAAUUACAAGAAAGUGAAAAAAUGUGCCUGGAGUACAAAAGUAUGAUCGAAAGUAAAGAUAAAAAUAUAAAGGAGCUAAAUCAAUCAAUAGUGGAAUUAACAGAUAAAUUAAAAACUAUAGAUAACCACACAGAUCAUAAUGAUGAGUAUAUGAGAUUAGUAAAAGAAAAAGAAGCCACAGAAGCUAAACUCAAAAAUUCACUUGAAGAUAAAGAGAAAGAUUUACUGAGUCUAAAAGAUAGAUUACAACAUAUGGAAAAGACUUGCAAUGAAUAUAAAAGUAUGUUAGAUAAUGCACUGAGUGAGAAAAAUGAACUCAUCAACUUGGUCACUAUGAAACAUAAUGAAAGUAUUCAGUACCACAAUGAAAUACAAAGAUUAAAUCACGUUAUUCUAGAACAGACCAGCGAAUUCAAGAAUAUUAUAGAUGAAAAGGAGAAAUUAGUUCAGAGCCGCACUGAAUGUACAAAUUGCGAUAAUUUAAGGAUAACUUUGAAGGAGAAAGAUGAAAUAAUAAAGAAUUUGAAUCAAAACGUCAGCGGUAACCUUGAUAAUGUUAAAGCAGAAUUAUCAGAAGCCAUUCAGACUAUUAGCAACCUAACCGAAGAACGUGACAACAUGAGCAAAGCACUAGCUUAUCAGUUGGAAACUGUUAAAACUUUGAAAGCAGAAAUUUUACAGCUCACAGAACAAGAGCAGAAUUCGACGCGUGAAUUGGAGAGACUAAGACAUCACCUUGUGGAAAUGGAAGAGAAUUACACUCAAGAAUUGAUGACGUCGGAACAAAAGUUGACCGAAUGCCAGACUCGACUAAACCAGGUCGAGGAAAGGGCGAAGCAAAAUAGUACGGUGUAUACCAGUAACAGUAUUCGAGCAAAUCAAGAAGUGGAGACGUUGCGUAAUCAAAUAAAGCUGUUGGAGAGACAACGCGAGGAAGUGCAAGCUAGAUUGAGCGAGGCCGAAGACGCUAGAAGCAAGAGUGAGGCAGCUUUGACCAAUCUCCAAGUGGUUUUAGAACAAUUCCAAUUAGAUAAAGAACGAGAAAUACACGCAGCCACAGAAAAGAUUAGAAAUAAAAUGGAAGACAUGAAACAUGAAAAUAGCGCAUUGCAAAAUGAAAUAUCCAGGCUGGGUGUGAAGUUAGAAGAAUCGUUAGCAGGAUUGCGGGCGGCCACUAGACUCGGUGAUCAGGUGGAAACAAAGGCUGCUCAGAUAAAUGAUUUGAAGGAACAAGUCCGAACACUGCAAAUAUCGGUGGCGGCUGCAGAGGAGAGGUACCACAACGCUAUAUCCAACCAACAAGACAGAGUCGAUAAGAAUCUGGUGAAAAACUUAGUCAUCAACUUCGUGCUCGCCUCGUCGCAGAGUGCUCAAAAUAGAACGAGAGUCCUAAAGAUCCUAUCGACAGUCCUGGACUUUAACCAGCAAGAAUGCGAGAAGCUAGGCCUGGCGAGAUCGUCGAACCCUUCGGAUGGGAUCGCAGCAGAAUUCGUAAAGUUUCUGGAGAAUGAGUCGCGGCCGAGGGCCCCUUUGCCAAGCAUGAUGAAUCUGGCUCAAAACGUCAGCAGAAGCAACACUCCGCCAUCGAGAAAGUCUUCAAUGAUGGGCCCAAACCCUUACGAAGUCGGCCAUAAGCGCAAUCCGUCAACAGGCUCAAACAAUCUACUGUUCCAAAACUUAGACACAGUUGAGACCUCCUCACAGAUCUCCAUAGACUCCGAUCACAGGGAACCAAGGGUCGUCUCCCAAUUGGACACAGGGGUGAACCAGACUAGGAACAAUGAAGGCGCGAUCCUGAAACACGUGUUGAAGGACAUGUGAUUAGAGGACGCGAAUUAUGAAUUGUAAGUUGUUUUGUUACGUCGCAAAAUGUCUUAGCCGUAAUAAAAAUUAUGGGAUUCCUUUCUGUGGUGUGAUUAUAUUGUGUUUUUGAACACUGGGCUAUUUGACUAUUUUAGACUAGAAGUGAAAACUUUGUGUUGUGCACUUUUUGUGAUGGAUUUAUUUUUAACUCGCGUCAGGACAGGACACGUGACCUGAUCGAAAAUUCGUAAGACGUCAAAAGUGCACAAUGUUAAUAUUCAAGUUUUCACUUCUGCCGGCACUCUCGGAGUCCAACACGUUUGUUUUUUCUGUUUUUUCUUUUGUUUCAGAUGCUUUACUUGCGUCUACAGUUCUUUAAAAAAAUAUUUAUUUUAUUUUAAACGUGUUUUUAGACGCAAAAUGGAAAAAAAAGACAUUUAUUUAAUUUUUGUCAAGUAGCCUAAUCUAAUUCUAUGCAAUUAUGUAAAACUGUAUAAAAAAAAAGCUCGUAAAAAAGAUUUUAAUAUAAUAUAUAUGUAUGUUUCAUCGAAUUGGCAAAUAAUAACAUAAAUUAUAGGUGCAUAUAGGUGUUGUAUUUUUGACAAAGGACAAAAUACAAUUUAAACCUUUGUCAAAUAUACAAUUGAGAUCUUUUUAGGGGAUAUUUUUAUUUAGUUUAGCAUAUUUUUCAUAUCACUUUACUUCAUUAUUCCGCCAUUUAAAAAUAAAUUUAAUAUCGUCUAGGUGCUACCAUCAUGUAUAUUAUUUUUGAUCUGUUUCAUAAUCAUCGUAAAAGUGACAAAAAAUGUCGUUUAUGAAUUCUCAACUGACAUUUAAUUAUUAUUAUUAUUUAAACAAAUUUAUCGUAUAAUUAAAGUUAAAAUUAUUCCGGAAAUACCUAUGCAGUUUGUUCAAAAGAAGAAAAAAAAACUUGCUCGUUAUAUUUUCUACUUUUUAACAAAAACAAUUUGUUAUUUUUUUAAAAUUUAACUAUAUGACCUAUGCCAGUGGUUUCCAAAAUGGUCUGGACUAUGACUCAUCUUAUAGUUUCCAAAAUCGAGUCCCACCUCUCUAGGCUUUUUUAUGCCGGUAAUAUACUGUCGGCAAACUGUUCGCCAAAUUGUGUUGGCUUCAAUGUAUGGUUGGUACUUUGCUCUUUUUUUUGCAGUGUAGAGUCUUCAGCACAUCAACACCUAAAUUCAUUUCAAACUCGCCGCUAUUACCGCGCCAUAGAUGAUCAUACAGGGUAACUUUAUGUGCUGUUGACUGUACUACCAAAACGUGGGUACAUUCUACGAUCUUUCGCGUCGGCAUCCGUCUGAAUUUACUUUGCUUUAGGUUAAAGGAGGCACCCUUAAAGAUUCCCAGAUAAUCUAGUGACAAGUUUUGUGACUACCUAAUUUAUUAUUUUUGUGGGUCAUAUUUUCUCAUAACUUUUCAACGUAUUGUGUCAUGCUAACUCAUUCACUCAAUGAGAUGUCAGUCUUAGUGCCAUUUAAAGAUCAUUCUAGAAGGCCCACUCACGACAAACCAGUUUGAGAAACCCUGAUUCACACAAUCAUCACUGAUCACACAUUAUUAUAAUUUUGCACAAUAUUAAUUAGCAUUUACGAUUAUUCUUAUUGUAUAACAUGUUCAAAGUAUUGUUUAGUCUUAUUUGAUAUUUUUAAGAUUAAUUGCUGUCAUUAAGAUUCGAUUUUAUACCGUCCACAAUACAACUUUGUGUAUAGAGAGAAAAAUUGUCGUCAACUUAAUUUAAUUUUUUUUUAACAUUGAUUAAAUGGUUUACCAAUUAUUCGAAAUUUGUUAUGAGAUAAAAAAUCGAUUCGCGCUCGAGUCCUCAAUUUUUUCAUCUCAUUACAAAUCAUCAUGCAGCCUCCUAAUUUGAAAUCCUUUUUUUAAUAUAGAUUAAAAUCUUAAUGAUAGCUAUUACUAUUGUAUGAACGCCGUCUAUAAUACAAUACAUUGUUACAGUCCAAAUAUAUCUUUAGUGUUUAACGAAGCCUUAAUAAAUGUUUUAGAGAUUCGAAUAUUCAUAACAUUUUAAUCAAAGACAUCUCGCUGUCACUAUCUCGUCAAUUGUCUAGACAUGAGGUGUCUUUAUUUAAAGUGUUUUCGAAUAAUCGCUUUUAGUCUAUGGUGUCUCAUGUCGUACAGAGAACAAUAGUCCAAAAUGCUUUUUAUUUAAAUUACUGACCGUGUUUUUAAUUUAAUUAUUCAAAAUAAACGCAAUAUAAAAAUGGUGUUACAUUUUAUGAAAAAAAAAAAUUAUUCAUGAUUUAAAUAAUUACUUGUGUAUUUUCUAAUGUCUCAGUUACUAAGAAUUUAUUAUUUGUUUUUCUAUUAUUUGUAAGGAUUAUGGACAGCCUAAAAUUAGCUUCGGGCUAUAACACUGAUAAUAAUUUCAAAAAUUUAAUCGUCGAGACUUCCUGGCCACUAGAAUAAGAUGUUAAUAUCGACUAAACUUCAUCGAAUUUAAAAUUUAUUAACAGAUUAUAUAUUGAUCAGUAUAAUUACUACUCACGUAUCGACUAUAGUAUCGAAUUCUUCAAAAAUUUCUCACGUUAGUUUAAAUCAAAUAAGUUGAUUUUUUUCUUUCUAAAAAACAAUAUACUUUUUUCAAAUACCAACCGUUUAAUUCCUUCCGAACUUGUAAGCAUUAUAAUUAUAUUUCCGUACGAAAAUGGAGAAGACAAUUUUAGACAGAGAAGAAGAGAAAAAGAGAGAAAUAGAAACGUUCAUUUUAAACAUUGAUUCCAUGUGUUACAUGUAUUCUUUAAAUUUAUUUCUUAUGCGUUUUCCUGAUAAAUGAUAGUAUUAACAUCUUAUUUAACGCCUUGUAUUUCCUGUCUCAAUUUGUUUUGUAUAUAGCUAUAAAUAUUGUACAGAUUUAUUUUAGCUUCUGGCGUUUUGGAGAAUAAAAUGUUUAAUGAAAA